AUGCCGCCACAUCUACAUCCGCGGUCGCGUUCGACGUCCUCUCUUUUCGCAGCCACUCUUCUUGCGUCUCUUGUCGUUGUCGGCCUGCCACACCUUUUCCCUUGUCCUGCUCCGCGUCGUACCCUCGCCGAUUCGGAGAUGAUUGUCACUGCUGAUGGGCAACAAAUCCCCCGAAUUCGAAGGAGGAAGAGGAAGGAUGCCGAAAUGCUUGGGCCAGAAGGAAACGCCCUCGCCCAGACACACCAACCUCCUGACGAAGUGUCAACAUUCCUGCAAUUGGAGGAGGAGGCUGAACGAUUGGCCAAGGCGGGAAGAGAGUGUCCUGUUCCAAAGCCUGGCGGAGUUCUAGGCGAAUUGCUUGGCUUCUCAAAAGGCAUAUCAUUGGUUCUCCCGCCUGAGGCCACAUGCAAUUCUGGCACAACAUCAACGAUGGAGUUGAAGCGCUUCAUCCACGAACUGUGCCUGGACCCCAGGCAUACCAAAUGGAUUGCACCGCUUCUUAUCGUAGGCGAUGCCUUCCUAUGUGCUCUUAUCAUCUGGAAGAUCCCAUAUACUGAGAUCGACUGGACGACAUACAUGCAGCAGAUAGCUCUUUACAUAUCUGGUGAACGUGACUAUACCCGGAUCCAAGGAUCCACUGGACCCCUUGUAUACCCAGCCGCCCACGUAUAUAGCUACACAGCACUCUAUCACCUAACAGAUGAAGGCCGAGAUAUUCUUUUCGGACAGAUAUUAUUUGCUGUCUUCUAUCUUGUCACGCUAGCGGUUGUGGUGGCUUGCUACAGGCAUUCAGGUGCUCCUCCAUAUCUGUUUCCUCUUCUUGUCCUUUCCAAGCGGCUCCACAGCGUCUUUGUUUUGCGCCUUUUCAAUGAUGGCCUUGCGGCCUCUGCCAUGUGGAUAGCGAUUCUGCUCUUCCAGAAUAAAAAAUGGACGGCCGGUGUUACAGCUUGGUCUGUUGGAGUUGGCAUUAAGAUGACCUUACUGCUCCUUGCGCCAGCCAUUGCGGUGGUAACUGUGCUCAGCCUUUCCCUCGUCCCGAGUAUUCGACUUGGAAUUCUAGCAUUGCUCAUACAGGUUCUACUAGCGAUUCCCUUCCUACAGAGUAACCCUACAGGAUACGUCGCGCGGGCCUUUGAGUUGACUAGACAGUUCAUGUUCAAGUGGACUGUCAAUUGGAGAUUUCCUCCCUGGCUUCCUCCGGGACCUCCUCCGAGGACGCCAACGCACCGUGGUGCUUUCCAAGUCUUUCAUAAUGACCGUGGUGCUGACAUCGCUUGCAAUUGGAUUGUUGUGCGCAAGGUCCCUUCAUUACCAAUUCUUUGCCUAUCUCUCCUGGCUACGCCUUUCCUUCUCUGGCGGGCUGGGUUCCAUCCGAUCCUUAUAUAUGCGAUCUGGGCGUUGCAGGAGUGGGGUUGGAACGUCUAUCCAAGCACCAAUGCCAGUUCUUCGGUCGUUGUCUUCUCACUUGGCGUUCAGGUUUUCGGUGUCCUCUUCAAUAGCAGGAACGCACUGAGCCAAGGGCCCCCGAAGCGCAACAGAAAGGAGCACAUCCAGUGA